AGCAAUGUAAUGAGGGGAGCACAGAUUGAUGAGUAUAGGCAGAGUUAAUAUAUCAUGUUUACUCAGCUAUAUAUGAAUUUUAUGCUUGCCAUAUGAUGCGCCAUUCAUUGUACUUCAUCGCAGUAUAACAAUCUAAAAACCAUCACAAUUAAGGUAAAAGUUUUUUUUAUUUUAUUUUAUUUUUUUUAUCAGAAACAAUGAUUUUGCUUCCCACUACAGAGAUAUUUGUUGGCACAGUAGAACUUACAUGACAAUGCUGUAUAUUGAUAUUGUAAGAAGUGAAACUUGAUCAAUUACUGUAUAAUUUCUCUUCUUAGUUUCAUCAGCUUCAUUUUUUUUAACAGAACACUGUGUGCAGAAGAGUUUUACAGCAUGAACCACCUUCCUGCACAAAAUAUCUCAUUCACUGAGUUCAGAUUAAUCGGUUUCUACAGCCUAGGAGAAUGGAGGCCUUUUUUAUUUAUCCCCUUCUUUCUGAUGUUUUUAUUGGCAAUCACAGCAAAUUCUAUUCUAAUAUAUUUAAUCAAAACUCAAAAGUCUCUGCACUCUCCUAUGUAUGUACUAAUAGGUGUUAUGGCAGUGUUAGACUUGAUCAUGCCUGUAUUUUUUGUACCUAACAUGCUUCUUAGCUUUUUAUUCAACUGGAGUGAGAUUUCUUUGACAGGUUGUUUGAUACAAAUGUUUGGUAUUCAUUUUGUUGGAGCAUUUCAAAUUACUUUGCUUUUUUGGAUGGCACUGGAUCGUUACUUUGCAAUAUGUAAACCUCUUCAUUAUCACAAAUACAUGGAAAUCCCUAACUUUCUAAAGUUUGUUUUUGCACCUGUAAUCAGAAAUGGAUUCCUGAUAGUCACUAUGGUCUCUCUGGCUGGAAAACUGUCAUUUUGUGUAACAAAUGUUAUCGAUCACUGUUUUUGUGAGCACAUGGCAUUGGUUCAGUUAGCAUGUGGAGAUAUAUCUGUUAAUAAUAUUGUAGGACUUAUGUCUGCUUUCCUUAUAGCAACUACAGAUUGUAUUCUAAUUACUAUCUCUUAUGUUGUAAUGUUUAUCUCUGUGUUGAAAUCUGGAAAAGCUCACAUGAAGGCCUUGAACACCUGCAUUACUCACCUAAUUGUCUUAUCAGUUAGUUUGAUAUCUGCCUUGACUGCAUUUUUGUCAUACAGAAUAAGGAAUAACAUUUCUUCCGACAACCGUAUAUUUACAAGUAUCCUAUACUUAUUUUUUCCAAGUUGCCUACACCCACUAAUCUAUGGAUGGAGAACAAAAGAAAUAAGACAAACAUUUCUUAAAUUUAUAAACAAUGCACAGGUAUUUCCUUUAAAAAAUAAUAAUGGCUUUAACAAAUGAAUGGAUACUACAACAUGAUAAUACAUUAAACACACAAUCUUAAUACAAGGAGCUAUUGUUCUGAUGGUAGAAAGCUGUAUGAUAUCUUGUAGGAAAAUGCAUAUUAAAUAUAUAGAUAACAAGAGCUGGGUAUAAUUAACAUUCCAUUAAAAAAAAAAAAAAAAAAAAAAAAA